GCCCAAGAAACAAAUGGUUCUGAACAAUUUAUUAAAUCAAUGGAUUCUUUCAAUAGUAUUUCUUCUUCCGAUACAAACAAAAUUAAUGAUAAUAAGCAAGAAACGAAUGAUUCAAAGAUUGAACAAGAUAAUGAUAGUGAAAAUGUAGAGGUAGAUGAAUUUGGUAGAAUGCUGAGGAGAAGAUCUGCUAUCAGUAAUAAUAGUAGUAGUAAGAAAAAAAAAAUUGGAGAAGUUUCUUAUAGUGAUGAUGCUGAUAAUUUUUAUCGUGGCAGCUAUCAGGAAGAAAAUAAUGAUAGCGGAGAUGUUGAUUACUAUAAAGAGGGUUUUGGUAAUGGUGGCGGUGGUAUACAUAAAAGAAUUAAUAGUGAGGAUGAUUACAAAAGAUGCAGGAGAAGACACCAUAAUGGAUUCGAAGAAAGAAGAUCUGGUAAUCAUCAUAACUGUCACAGUUAUAGUCAAGAAGAUUUCUACGUGACAGGUGGUAAAGGUAUUGCUGACUCGGAAUUCUAUAUGACAAAAAUAUACGUUGGUGAUCUUCGAGAUGUUACUGAACGUGAAUUACAUGGCGCUUUUGAAAAAUUUGGCGAAAUCAAAAAAGUUGAUAUGUUGCCUGGGAAAGGUAUCGCAUUUAUCGAUUUUGAUACCGAAAAAGGUGCUACCGAAGCACGUCGUCGAAUGAAUGGUUGUUUGUUGGGAUCAGGAUAUAUAACCGUAAAUCGAGCAAUAAGACCUGAAAAAAGUAUCAAUGGAUAUGGUCCUUGGAAUGAUGCAGAUGCGAUUGUUACCAAACAAAAUGCAGAUAAACCAAUUCGAUAUAAUGCACAAAAUCAAAACACUUAUAAUAUUUCUAAAUUAAACAGUAAUUUACUAUAA